CACCGCCUCGCACGCCGGAAGUGGAGCUGCGCGCGCCGGGUUGGCUGUCGGGAGGGGCCGACGGGCGAAGCCAGCAGCCGGUGAACCGCUGAGAGGCUCGUCGCUCGGGCGAGUGAGGAACUGUGAUCCUUGCGGGCCACCAUCCCGGAAGUGGAAUUUAAAGGAAGCAAGUAUUAGGGCUGCCGGGGAUAAAUAAGUUUCUAGAGAUUUUAGAUGCGGAUGCACAGAACUUUUUGUGAUAUGUGUUGGCCAGGAGGGACUCUGAGCCCGACCUGUUUGUGGUGGCGCAGAAGUGGCUAAGGAUGAGUGAGCCUCGGGGCUUCUAAGAGUCCGUCUGAGAAAGCCGGUCUGCGCUCUUCCUUGUUGGCGGCCUCAGAGGUGAGCUCUUGCGUUAGCGGCGUAUCAUGGCCCUGCGGGCAGUGUGGCUAAUAAGCCACGAAUCGGGGACCCCACUUUGUGGCACCGUCAGAUUCUCCAGACGAUAUCCAACUGUUGAAAAACGAGCCAGAGUCUUCAAUGGAUCAAGUUAUGUGUCUAUCCCUGAAGAUGGUCCCUUUCUUAAAUCAUUACUCUUUGAACUCAGAUUAUUGGAUGAAGAUAAGGGCUUCAUGGAGAGUCGUGAUAGCUGUUCACGCAUCAAUAAAACAUCUGUUUAUGGACUUCCAGUUGGAGGUGAAGAACUCUGGCCAGUUGUUGCUUUUCUGAAGAAUGGCAUAGUAUAUGCUUGUGUUCCACUAGUUGAACAGACUUUAUCCCCUCGUCCACCAUUAAUUAGCAUUAGUGCAGUUUCACAAGGCUUCGAACUUCUUUUUGGGAUACAGGAUUUUCUUUACUCAGGUCAAAAAAAUGACACUGAGCUAAAUACAAAAUUGAGCCAAUUGCCUGACUUGCUUUUACAUGCUUGUCCAUUUGGAACUUUGUUAGAUGCCAACUUACAGCAUUCAUUGGAUAAUAUUAAUUUUGCUUCUGUGACUCAUCCACAAAAACAGCCAGCCUGGAAAGCUGGAACAUACAAAGGAAAACCACAGGUUUCUAUUUCUAUUACUGAAAAGGUAAAAUCCAUGCAAUAUGAUAAACAGGAUAUAGCAGAUACUUGGCAAGUUGUUGGAGCUGUCACUUGCAAGUGUGAUUUAGAAGGAAUCAUGCCAAAUGUUACCAUCAGCUUGAGUCUUCCCACCAAUGGAUCUCCACUUCAAGAUAUUCUAGUUCAUCCUUGUGUGACUUCUCUUGACUCUGCCAUUUUGACUUCUAGUAGCGUUGAUGCAGUGGAUGAUUCUGCAUUUAGUGGACCUUAUAAAUUUCCAUUCACUCCACCGUUAGAGUCAUUCAACUUAUGCUACUACACUUCCCAGGUUCCUGUCCCACCAAUUUUGGGCUUUUAUCAAAUGAAAGAGGAAGAAAUACAACUAAAAAUAACAAUUAAUUUAAAACUUCAUGAAAGUGUGAAAAAUAAUUUUGAAUUCUGUGAGGCUCAUAUACCUUUUUAUAAUAGAGGUCCAAUCACACAUGUGGAAUACAAAGUUAGUUUUGGCCAGCUCGAAGUAUUUCGAGAGAAAAGCUUAUUGAUCUGGAAUAUUGGACAGAAGUUCCCUAAAUCAAUGGAAAUCAGUCUUUCUGGAACUAUAACUUUUGGAGCCAAGAGCCAUGAGAAGGAGCCAUUUGACCACAUUUGCAUUGGAGGUACAGCAUACUUAAAGCUUCAUUUUAGGAUCUUAGAUUACACACUUACUGGGUGUUAUGCGGAUCAACAUUCAGUUCAAGUUUUUACAUCAGGAAAACCAAAAAUAAGUACAUAUCGGAAACUAAUUUCUUCUGACUAUUACAUCUGGAAUUCUAAAGCUCCUGCUCCAGUAACAUAUGGAUCAUUAUUACUGUAAUUAUUUCACAUUUAAACAUGAUUUAUACAAUAGUAGCAUAGCUUAAAUCAUAAUCUUAGUAUGUGUGCAUAGUACUUAUGUGUGAAAAAAUUAUUGAAUGAUUUAAUUAUAAAAACACUCUUGUUUGAUGUUUUUAGUCUAACACAGUUUGAAAAAAUAUUUUAAAGACUGAUGUCUCCAAUUUCGUUAUCCUUUGAUUUUACUCAAGUACUAUUCAGAGCAUAAAACAGUAGUGAGUGAGUCACUUUAGGCUUAUUUUAGACUAGUCUUGGGUCAUCCUGCCACACAUACUCCUUCCUGUGCCUGUGGCAGACCUGGCUAAUCUAUCAUAGCCCUCUCUCUUUCUCUGAGCCUUCCUGGAUACAGGCUCAGGCUCCUCUUCAGUACAGAGCUGCAGGCAGCCACUCCUGAUGGAUUGUAGAUGAUGUGCAAAAAAACUACUUACUCUUCCAAACCUGAGUUCUAAGUUCCUAGUACAUUGUGUUGUUUCAGAAUACCAGAGACCACAUUAGAACAACUGUAAAUCUCUUGGAAAAAAAGCCAGUGAAAACAAAGGAAAAUUGUUUAAAUAGUAACCUGUUCUUAAACAGAGCUAUCCUAUUGACUAAUAAGGAAUCUGCAUAAUUCUACUUAAGGUGUUUAUCUCUGUUCUAGAGUAACUUUUCUUGUAAACUUAUUAAUCUGCUACAAUAACAUUUUGCUUAGGGUGUCAGCAAGAAUGCUAAGAGGGGUGGGAUAACUUCAGAAGACGAGCAUAAUGUUUUGUGAUCACAAUGUCCGCAGCCAAAUUUUUAAAGAUAAAUGUGGGUAUAAUGUUUUUUUCAUGUUCUAUUAUAUUAAAAUUCACUAACGAAUGAAUUCAGAUAAAAAUUCAAAAGCCAUUCUGUGGAGAGUAUCAUUUAAUUUUAUUUUAGUAGCAUAUUUCAAUCUUAAUCUCAUGUAGCAUAUUUUCUUUAAAUUUGUCACUCUCACUUUCUUGUGAGCAUUCUUUUGGUUUUCUCAGGAACCAUCUUGUCAUAGUCUUUAUUCUCUUUACCUGUCUUUACAAUUGUAUGUCUCAUUCUGCUUUCAAACCAGUUCACUGUCAAGUUGGAUUUUAAGUGACCCUUCAUGAAAAGAUGAAAUCUCAAGAUCCUCAAAACUUAAUCCAUGUCAUUUAUUUUUACAGAACAGAAGUAGAAGUAUUAUAAAAAAUACAUUACAGAUUAAUAUUCAAUCAAACUAUAUCUUGGUUUUUAUUUUUUAAUGAGUCUCCUAAAGAAAAGUUGAGAAAAAGCUGCUAAGUCUUUCGAAGAGAGCUGUGAUAGUUUGAAAGGAUAUUGCAUAUAAAUUUAGGAUUUGAAAUAUGAUAUUUUAAUUAAGAUCAGUUCUACUCAUUACAAACUCUUUUUCUGCAAGGCAUUUUCGUGGCACAAUGUUCUCUGUUCAGAAUUAUCCCAAAUAAUAAAGGAAAUAGAAUAAUUGCCUGACCAGGACUUUAACUUAUUAUUCUAGCCUAAUCAUAGUAAAAAACUUUCCUUUUGAAAAAAUAAAAAAACUAUUUCCCUUAAGCUUUUGAUCUUCCUUAAACUCAAGGAAAGCUUAACAUUUAACUGACGUUAAAAUUAAUGAAACCGUUUGGACAUCUCGAUUGUAUAAUGUUUAGCAAAGCACACUAACGUAAGCAAGAGGCAUUUAUCUAGUGAGUAGGCAAAGAUUCAGUAUAAUGAUCCCCAAAGGAAAACUUUAUAGGCAAUCAGAGAAACCAGUGAAUCUUUGACUUGACAUUUCUAGAAACCUAAGGAAAAUCUAGGAAUACUGGAAAAGUGUAGGGCAACGUGAUGCCAUCUAUUGCCGUUUUAUUCUAACAUAACACUACAGAACUAAAACCAACUCAUGUUUUCAUCCUGUUGAGAUCAGCUGGACACACUGUGAUGCUUUCGAUUUUGUCUAGAAACCUGUCACUUCAGGAUAAUUUCUGAAGACAAAGUCUGUUUCCCGUUUGGUAGGUGACCUGUUUAAUGUUUUCCCUGUGUCUGGGAACUCCUUAGUGUAAUUAGCGACCUUUGAACUCCACAACUAAUCCUGAGCUAUUUUGUAUUCCUUACUCAUCUUUAAGGCUGGACCUUUCUUUUCUUCAGAGUCCGCUGCCACAAUUAAAGAAGAAACAGCUGCAUUUCAAAGGGAUUCCGAUUCCAGAAGCUUAAUCGUGAUUGACAUGUUCUUAUUCUAAGCUAUAAGACACUAUAAGAGUUCUUUCUUGGGUUAAAACUUCAAUCAUUUUCUAAAAAAUUAUCUCACUAUGGAUUUUAUUCAUUUUCUUUGAUAACUAUUCUUUGCAUUUUUUUAACUUGAAAGAUGCUUUGCGUUUGCAGUGAAUAUGUGCACCUACUUCCAGUUAAAGAUUUGGAUACUGUCAGACCUACUCUAGAUGCAAAAUUGCUAAAUUAAAUUCUCUUUUGGUGCCAAAAUAUGAUUAUGAAAUCUGAUGUCUAUCAUAUGGGUAAUUAUUCUUCAGUAGACCCAAAAGAUACAAAACACAUUAAGUUUCUGGAAACAUACUCCAGAAAAGAUGGUCCAUGAUUUUGGUAAAACUUUUCUUUUCUUCAAUUUUUACUAAACAAUGUUUUUAAAACUUUUUAAAGCCAGCAAAUACCCUUACAGUGUAAGGUAAUACCUUUAUAGUAGUGGGCAUUUUUUACUUUAUAAAUAAUGUAUUCAAAUGUCAAGUUUGAAUUAAAUAACCUUGGAGGAUUAUUUGUUCAAAAAAUUUUUUUGCCUAAACAUUAGUCUGUCUCAAAAUUUAACUUUUUUAUACCAAUUCAGUAUUUCUAAUUAGUUAAAAUUAUUGAUUUUGUAUGAUUUAAGAUCUUUCAAAGCACAAUUUUCUACAUAAUAACUAAAUUUUUUAAAAUUUAUUUUUAUAGUAUUUCAGACUACUUUUUAUAGAUAUUCAUAAACUCCUGCACCACCCCUAGGAGGUAGGUAGGUCGAGUUUUCAUCCAGAGCCUCUUCGGGGACGAGGACGGCUGCCACAGCAGAAUGGUGGUUUCUAAGACAAAGGUCAGAAAAGGGAUGUUAAUAAACAGUCUUCAGGUUUAAGGGACUUUUUUAGGAUUACAUCUUAAAUUCCAACAAAUCAGAUUUAGGAGUUACUGAAAGUGAAAUUGAUCCAUCCCUCAUCCAAACUUUGCAAUACUUUCCUGUUCUGACAUCAUUUAGAUAGUCAGCUGUAUUAUCAGAUUAGAAACCAUUGUACCAGGCUGGUGAAAGGAAAAGGAGGCAAAAAGCUAAACAUGGGAUGAAUUCUGAACCUUUUAACCUGGCUGAAGUACGUUGGUCCCUGUUAUGCAAAUACCUUCAAUCCUCUGCUAAGUUCAGUGGAAAUAAUUUUCUUGAAUGACAGGUUUAUUCAGCAAGGAUUCAGUUGGUGAUUAAUCCCCCUUUGAUCUAGGGUAUUUCACUUAACUACCAGUUACCUCGUUCUGACAAAGUGCAACUGAGAUUAGGGAGAUCACUAGAACACUACCAGGGUGUGCGUUUAUUCUCUCUAACCUUUUAAAGCAAGGGCCAAGAAUGCAAUUUAUUUUCAGUAUUUGAAGAUGUAAAGUCCUGUCUGUUAAGUUAGAAAGUCAAUUGAAUACCAAAUGAAGUUUAUUUCUUACGUAAUAGAACAAACAUUUCUUUUUGCUUUGCUUAACAAUGAUUUUAGGAAACAUAGACUUUGAAGGAAGAAGAAACAAAAAGACUACAUUCUAAGUAUUUUGUCUAGUUUUGUUUCAUGUAGUAUAUAGAGUAUACACUUAUUGGCCCUGAGAUAACCUGAAAAUCAAAGUGGUGGCUACCAACUUAGGUUAAGAAGAUGCUUCUAUUUGAUUAAACUGCAUGGUUUCUUCCACCCCCACCCCAACCCCCCAUUAAAAAAAAUGUCAUGCUAUGUGGUAAAGAAAUCCAGUUAGGGAGAACACAAUACACAAUUACUCAAGACUUCUGAUUUCAAAGAUUUAUUUGUUGACUUCAUCUUUUCUUGAGGAAAAGAACUUGUUAUGUUCCCAUCAUAAGAAUAAUUGCAUUUAUUUUCAGAAUGAAGAUAUUUCAUAAAGGUAAAUGAGGCCAUUAAAAAAUACUUUCUAAGUAAUUACAAUCUCAAAAUAACCAUUUUCACAGUAUUGUUUGCUGUUUUUUCUCCCUUUUUUUUUUUUUCGUUUAACUGGAUACCUCUUCUUCUACAGCUUUAAACUUUGAAAUAUUCUAUGGAAUUUUGCACAAUGAGAAUAAAUUUUUAAGAUAUGUUUCAUGCUAGGUUUCUCAAAAAAAUUCACUUUUAAAAACAUCAAUAUCAAUGUCAAUAUUUAUCUUUUAAAAUAUCAAAUUUGGGGGGAUAUAUUUCUCACAUACGUUUCAAGAUCCUUAAGAAACUGCUUUGUAACAAAAUUUGUUUUUAAGUUAAAUUAUUAUAGACAAAGCAUUUUUAAAUGUUUUAUAAUUGUUCAUUCUAGUAGCAGUUUGUAAUAUAAGCUGUGUAUUUACAUAAUUAUACGGUUUUUUGGCUCAAACAUUUUGUGACCUAAUUUCUAAAUUGAAACAAUAACUCAAGUGCAUGUCUAACUUACCAUGAUACCAAACCAGUCUCUCUAGUUUCAAUUUAGUAACUUGUUUGCAUAUAUCUUUUGAUAGCAAGUUACUUAACCACAGUAAAAUUGAGGUUCAGAGAAAAUAUAAGGUGAAAGGCAGGAUUCCCUGCCUAUGUUGCUAAGAAACUGGUAUUGUUAACAAUUCACUACUCUAUUCAGUAAAUAUUUAGUUAAUAAAAUGUUGCAAUAUAUUUUGAAAUAUGCCAUCAGAGAAAGAAUCUAUAUAAAAUGUGUGUAUAUUUAUGUAGUGUAUAUAUGUUAGUGAGUGUGACUUAGUGGAUUUCUCCAUGAAAUAUUUAGUAUCAUGUCAGAGGAAGAAGAAUAAAGUCAAAUAUUCGAAUAUCUUCCCCCCAAACACAAUAUUAGUUAAUAGUAAUGAAGAGGUUCAUUAAAAUGAAAAUUUCCAAAGAACUCAUAAGAUCACUUUUACAAAAUGAUUAAUAUUCUUAUGAGCUGAAGCCUUUCAACUAGCUUCUAAUUUUUUUUAUCAACUUUUAUGGAUAUAAUAAUAUUGUCCAUAUAUAGCAUGGAGCAAUUCAAGGCCUUAUCUGUAUUACUAGUUUACUGUCUUGUAAGCAGGUUACUCUGAGGUCCAGGUUGAUUUCUCUAAGGCCAUGGCUAAUCUGCCUGAUUGUUGGCAAUGUGAUGGUAAUGUAUGAUGUACAGCAUUUACAGAUUGAUGGAUGCCCUGGAAUGGAAACCACCUGUUGAGUUGUUUUUCCAGUAGGACAUGUGAAAAUUUGUGUAUUUGGUAACCUAUUAAACAUUUAAAACUCAAA